GGCUUGUGGUUAGCUGUGUGUUUCUUGAGUGAGAAGCAGGAAAACAUCUUCAACUCAACAGCAUCUGCAGAGCUUCCUCAAGGUCUGCACCAGAACACCGAAUCAAACGCACCCCGAGAGACCUGAGAGGGGGGGGGGAGACCCAGAUCUCAGGGGGUCAACACGUGGUCUGAGGACGUGUGAGGGGACACCGGGAGAUCAACAGAAUCGCAAAUCUAAAAGAAACCGUGUGAAGCCUUGAGCAGCUAUUUUGAACAUCGACAUAUUGGUUUUCCAUAACCAGAAGAAAUGUUUAGGCAACAUAAGAAACCAACAACACUGUGGUACCGACCUGUCAAUCACAAGUGAGCUGAAAUAUCCAACCUGAGCUCUGGGUGUUUCCCGGCUGCAGACUAUGGCGCCUCCUGCCUCCAACUCCACUGAUGGAGGAGCCCUGAAUGGGGGGCGAUGCAUCGUGAACGACCAGAUGGGACCCUUCACCGUCCUCUACACCUUCGUCUUCAUCAUCAGCGUGCCUGGAAACCUGCUGUCUGUGUGGACCUUCAUCCGCAGCCGCAGAGCAAAGCAGCGGUCUCUGAGUGUGUACCUGCUGAACCUGCUGCUGUCCGACCUGCUGCUGCUGCUCGCCCUCCCUUUUAAGAUCCUGAAGGACGGGGGGGCAGCGCCGUGGAGCCUCAUGGUGUUCCACUGCCAGGCCAGCGCCGUCACCAUCUACAUCAGCCUGUACGCCUCCAUCGCCUUCCUCGCCUUCAUCAUUGUUGACUGCUACCUGCAGGACUGCACCUCCCUGCGCUCCAUGCGGUUGCAGGAGGUGGGCUUCUCCUGGCUGCUGUCUCUAGUGGUCUGGCUGCUACUGCUGCUCAUCAUGGUGCCCAACAUGGCUCUGCCCAUUCACCCAGUCCAGGAGCAGCACUACCUCAGCUGUUCGUCUCUGAAGAAGGACAUCGGCCUCCACUGGCACGCCAUGACCGUCAUCCUCUGCUCGGCGCUGUUCCUGAACGCCUCGAUCGCCGUGCUGCUCUCCAGCGGCCUGGCUCUCCGGAAGCUCCUGGGUAGCCGGCGAGAACCCCAGCUCUGGGCCGACUCCCGGCGAGCGGCGGGCAGCGUGGCGGCCGUGGCCUUGGCGUACAUGGUCAGCUUUGUGCCGUACCACGUGGUGCGCGCGCCGUACACGCUGACCCAGACCAGGGUGAUCACGGACUGCGGCACCAGGAGGCAGCUGUUCCUGGGAAAAGAGGCCACGCUGCUGCUGAGCGUCCUGCACCUCUGCUUCGACCCCCUCAUCUUCUUCUACCUCCACAAGCCUUUCAGAGAGGCACUGUGCAACACGCUGCCCUCCUGCAGGGGGCGGGGCACCGGCGAGGAAGAGGAAGAGGCUGAUGGAGGAAAGGGAAAGGAUGCAGAGGAAGAGGGCCAUCAAUCCACUUUGUAAAGCGCUGACUCAGGGGUGGUUGAACCAAAACUGGCUGCAGUUUUUAUAUUUCUGUACUGUAUUUAACUCACCAACAGCAAAUGAUUUAAAGGUCCCCUAUCAUCCUCUUUCUCAACAGCACAUCCAGAGCAGGUCUCUGAUUGGCUGAAACACCAAACGAUCAUUGUCCCAUAACCCCGUCUGUUUCAGCCCUGUUCCUAAAGUGCUGAUUCUGUGUCCGUAGCUUUAAAUGCUAAUGAGCUGCUGCUGGCCACGCCCCUCUGAGAGGUGAUUGGUUUAAAGAAACCCAAUGGUGCUCCAGGUGAUAAGGGGGGGGGGGGUUACCUUGGUUGGUUAUUGGCUAUUGACCACCCAAAGAAACAUAGUGACAUCACAAAGUGACCAAAAUGUGGUCGCUGAUUUUUAUAGAGAUGGAUCAGGACAGAAAGAGAGGGGGGGUCUUUGUUCCUGAAACUCUCAGAGCCUCUGCGGGGACACAUGUUGAUAUAGAACAGACAUAAAGAAGUGGAUUUAGCAGAAUAGGCCCUACUGUACUGUAAAAUACCAUUUACUGAACAGGAUCUUCAAUCUACUUUGAUUUGACUUCAAACAUGUCCCUUUUUAUUAUAUAUUACAUAACAUUUCUGUGCCUAAAACUGCUGAAAUGAACCCGCAAAGGAGUCUCUGUAAAGCACUCACAAAUACUAGAAAAUGAAUAGCUACGAUAGUUUAAAAGGCUUAUGCACCGAAUAACUUUCAGAUUCCUCUGAAUGUAUAUAAAGAGGGUCUGCAUUUCGGUGUAGGACUCACUCACACAGAAAUGCUGUUUUUUAUUCACCGACAACUGACUUAAAAAGGAAAGUAAGCAGGGAAUAAUAAAAGGAGCUCAGUGUGCAUGUGUUCUCCAGCAGGGAGCAGCAGGAUCAUGUUUUAAAAUAUUAACAAAUUACAAUCUUUUUUUAACUAAAUUGAUUAUAAAUUAAGUUUAUUGUACAUUUCUAUAAUAUUAUCAGGAAUAAAUAGAUAUGUAAUGACAGCUUCUAGGAGGCAAUACAAAUUACAUUCUGAUUCCUCUACUACAGUUUCUAUUUACAGUUUCUGAUUUUCAUUUUUAUAUAGUUGUAUUUUUUAACGAUUACCAAAUAUAAGUAAAACAUCUUUAAACAAAA